AACAAGAAUUAUCAUGUGACCUUUUUAGGCGUGGCUUGAUAAACUACACAUGGUAAUUUUCAGAGGGUAAUUUUACUCUACGGUUGAUAUAAAACUUCUCUCGGUGUGUACGUAAGCUAAGCUAGGUGUUAUCAUGGUGAAGGAAACAAAGUUGUAUGACAUUCUUGGGGUUGACCCAAGUGCUACAGAUGCCCAGCUUAAAAAGGCAUAUCGGAAAAUGGCAUUGAAGUAUCAUCCAGACAAGAAUCCAGGACCUGAAAAUGAGGAGAAGUUUAAGGAGAUUGCAGCCGCAUAUGAGAUUCUGAGUGACGAGAAGAAGAGAAAAGUGUAUGACGAGCAUGGUGAGGAGGGGCUGAAGGAAGGGGCAGGGGAUAUGCACAACCCCAUGGACAUCUUUGACAUGUUCUUUGGUGGUAGCGGAGGUCGACGUAGGGGCGAAAAGCGAACCAAAGAUAUGGUCCAUCCUCUCAGAGUAUCGUUGGAUGAUCUAUACAAUGGAAAGACCAGCAAGUUGGCAGUUCAAAGAAACAUAUUGUGUGGAUCUUGCAAUGGAAUAGGAGGGAAAAAGGGCUCUGUAAAGAAAUGUGGCCAGUGUGGAGGAAGUGGAGUUCAGAUAUCUGUCCACCGAAUCGGCCCAUCCAUGGUUCAACAAUUCCAGUCUCGCUGUGACCUAUGUGGAGGCAGAGGAGAAACUAUGAAUGACAAAGAUAGAUGUCAAACAUGCAAUGGAAAUAAAGUUGCUCGUGAUAGAAAAAUCUUGGAGGUGCAUAUUGACAAAGGAAUGAAAGAUGGACAGAAAAUCACUUUCAGAGGCGAGAGCAAUCAAGAGCCUGAUCAUGAAACAGGUGACAUCAUUAUUGUGCUGGAUGAAAUGGAGCACAGGAUCUUCAAAAGGAAAGGCACAGAUCUCCUCAUCAAUAUGGAAAUAGAGUUGUCUGAGGCUCUCUGUGGUUUCAGCAAAGUAAUCACCACCCUCGAUAAACGAAGUCUGGUCAUUACAUCACAUCCGGGAGAUGUAAUCAAACAUGAUGACUCUAAGGUGGUGCUAAAUGAAGGCAUGCCUCAACACCGAAAUCCUUUUGACAAAGGCAGGCUUUUUAUUCAGUUCAAAGUAAAGUUCCCAUCCGAUAGAUUCCUGUCAACUUCAAACCUGGGUAAGCUGGCAGCACUCCUUCCUGCUCCAGAGCAGGAGCCAAUGGACGAAAACAUCGAAUAUGAGGAGGUUGAGCUAGUACAAAUGGACCCUGACCAUGAAAGAAGGAAAAGGCAUGCAGCAUUUGACUCUCCUGAUGGAGGACCCAGAGGUGGGCGAGGUGUGCAGUGUCAAACUCAGUAAAUCUGUAGGCUUAUAACAGUAGUGAUUGGUUGUACUGUUAAUUAUGACUAUAAUAUACACCUGACAAUGUAGAUGUACAUCUUCAUCUACUAAGAUUUUGGGUGUGAUUUGUAACUAAAAAUUCUGAAUUGUUUUCUCGGGUUCACUUA